CAUUUGCUGCUUCGAGCACCCCACACACUCACACGCUCUUUCUGAAAAGCUGAAAAGUAAAACAAAAAGGGUUUGCGAGAGAGAUGGAGAUGAAGUAUUGUGACACAGCCGCUGCUACUUCAUCUCCUCAACAAUCUAAUUCUCCUAAAUCUUCUUCCCCUUCUUCUCCUUCAACUCCUCCUCCUCCUCCGCCGCAAGUGGUCAUUAGUCCCUGUGCUGCUUGUAAGAUAUUGCGGCGGCGGUGUGCCGAGAAAUGUGUGUUGGCACCUUACUUUCCGCCCACUGAACCCGCCAAGUUCACCAUCGCCCACCGCGUCUUCGGUGCGAGCAACAUCAUCAAGUUCUUGCAAGAAUUGCCAGAAUCUCAAAGGCCAGAUGCAGUGAGCAGCAUGGUUUACGAAGCAAGUGCAAGAAUCAGAGACCCUGUUUAUGGAUGUGCAGGAGCAAUCUGUCAACUACAAAAACAAGUUGUGGAGCUCCAAGCACAGUUAGCCAAGGCGCAAGCUGAAAUAGCCAACAUGCAAUGCCAGCAAACCAACCUUGUGGCCUUAAUCUGCAUGGAAAUGUCACAACAAUCCCCUCAGUCUUCAUCUCCACAACAAUCCGUCGACAAUUUCAUUACGAGCCCAGAGAGUUACCAAAGCGACCCAUGCUUCAUCGACGACAAUAAUUUAGGGUCGCUCUGGGAGCCACUCUGGACAUGAAUAUAUAUAUACAUAUCGGAUCGGAGAGAGACUGUUUUCAUGAAUUGAAGCAAAAAACAUGAAUUAUCAAUUACUUAACCGAUAUUACUACUUCGAGAUGUACCAAUGAAGUCCUCCUAACUCGAGAGCUGAUAAUUGCUCUAAUGGGAAGGAGGAGUUGAACGACAAUAUUAGUUGAUUAGUCUAAUAAGUUAUAUAAUUAUGUGAACUUUCAAAGCAUGUUGGGGGGAAGAAAUUACCUAAUUAAAUUAGGAUCUAAUCUCUUUGUUAAAGCUUAAAGAAGUUCACAAUGAGUCAUUUUCUUCCAUAUAUGAUAUUUAAUUUAUGUUACAA